AUGCUCUCCAGAUCUGCCCUCCGCCUCUCUGCCAGGCUCGCCUCCAGGCGUGCCGCCGUCGCCCCCCAAUUCGUCGCUCGACGAGCUGCCUCAACCUCUGCGGGCGGUCACAAGGCCUCAAGCGACCUUCCUUGGAUCGCUGGCUCCUUGGUCGGCUUCGGUGGUCUCACCGCCUUCAUCCUUGUCCCCUCAAAACAGACUGUCCACCACGCAGUCACCCCUCAUGAUGACGAAAAGGCCGAGACCAACGAGUCUGCGCCCAAGGCUUCCACCGGUGACGACCCCGUAGAGUCUCCCAACACUACUGAGCGGGCUGUCGCUUCCGAGGACCCCAAGGACACCCACCCCAAUGCUGAACAUUCCGCCGAGGACAUGACUACCAAGAAGGAGGGCAAAGGCGAGAAGCCCAGCGAAGAGACCAAGCCUUCUGCCAAGGACGGAGGCGCCAACGCCAACGAGACGGCUCAGGUCCAGAAGGCUGCCGAGGACGAGGAGAAGAAGGACGAGCCCAAAGAGGAGAAGAAGGAGGCGGAAAGUGUCGAGCAGGCUACCAAGUCUGACGCUCCCGCUGAGGCCAAGGAAGCCGAGGAGAAGGAUGACUCUCUCGCCGAAAAGAAGAGCGUGGAGCAGGCUACCAAGUCCGACGCCCCCGCCGAGGCCAAGGAGGCCGAGGAGAAGGGUGACUCUCCUGCUGAGAAGGAGGAGUAG